AUGUUUUAUUUAUUUGUUUUCGUUAAAUUAACCUAAGAGUACUCUAGAAUAAUUUCAUCCAAACAUUUCAAUGUUAUACGAAGAAAAUAAAUGCAAUAUCAUUUAUUUAUAAAUCUUUGUCAAUAGAUAAUUAUUCCAGCAUUAAUUAUUAAAAUGAAAAUAAUGCAAAAGUGUUUCAUGAUUUUUGAGAAUUCAGAACUUGAGAAUUAGUAUUAAUUAGGAAGAUCUUUAUCUAUUAAAAAACCUGUGUUUAUUUGUUCGAUCUUUCUAACCUUCGUUUGCAAUUUAGCUACAAUAAUAAUUUAAUCAACUUUCCGUGCAAUAGAAAGCUAAUACAUAUAUAUUAUCUUUACAUUCAUCACAAUUUUAGAAUAUAUUACGAUUGUUUUGAUGAAUAAAAUACAAUUUUUGCAAUUAGGAAUAACAUUUACAAAUAUUAUGAUAGGAUUUGCAUAGUUGGAUGGAGAUUCUUCUUCUACAACAAAAGGUGAAUAUUAUGCAUAUGGAAAUGUAAUCAUGCAAUUAUAGGCAGUUCUAUACUUUAUAUCAAGCUUUAAUCAUGCGAUAUUUUAGGUUAUCGUUCAUUUAAUUUUACGAUUAAUAAUUACUACAUAUUAAUCAAAAUAGGAAGUUGAUUUUUUACUAGUUGGAAUGGGAAUUUCUGGAGGAUUGAUGAUUCUGAUUACUGUUCACUAUUAUGAAUCUAGAUCUCGAAUAAAUUUUAUUUAAAAUUUAUAAGAAAAUAAGCUUGAGGAUGCCUAUUCUUUUAUCAUUUAGAGACCAUAUUUUAAAAUUUCAUUAUCAGAGAGUAGAAUGUUGUUUAAUUUAAAUACAAAGCAUUAAAUUGAAGAAUUUCCUGGUUUUGAUGAAUACUAUUGCGAUGGAUGCAAUGCAAGAAAUUUAAUGAGAUCAUAUACAAACGAAAACAAAUAAUCUAUUGAAUCACUACUAUUAUCUCAAAAAUUAGAAAAUAAUGGAUAUUGGAUCAUAACUUUUAAAAAGCAAACUUUUUAAAUAAAAUAUUGCAAAGUAGAUCUCUAACAGUAGAAUUACUUGAUUAUUUUAUAAGAUAUAGAUAUUUAAGAUAAGAAGUAAAUAGAUAUCGAAAAAGAAUAAUCAAAACUUGAGUAUUUCUUAAAGUCCAAUCAAGAUUUUUAACAUAAAAAAUUUUUUAAUUGGGGAGCUCUUUCUAUUUUGAUGAUAAAUAAUAAAAUAAUUUAGAAAAUAGAUUUAAGGUUAGCCAUAUCUAAAUUAAUACAUAUAUAUAAAAAAUACUUGUUUACCAAUUUAAAUAUAGAUAUAGUAUGUUUUGAUUAAAAUUUACAUAUUUACUCGUUUAAGAAUCAAUUGAAGAUUUUUUUGAUUUAGAUUUUUGAGAUUAUUUCAAAAAUUUAAUAUUAUGAUAGGACAGAAAUCAAAAUUAUAUUACAAAGGAAAGGAUGUGAUGCUUUAAUAAAAUUUGAGAACGUCAAUAAGAUUUAAUUUAAUUUCAGUUAUUCUUAAAACUUCUUCAUCUAGCAUGUUUAGAGUCUCGUAAUAGAUUAUAUAGACCUAUCUGAUUGUAUUGGUAUAUUAAUUCGUAAUCAUCCAAUAGGAACUUUUAAUAGAAAAUGA